AUGCGUGAACGCGAGAGUACGAGCGCCCAGCAGUUUCGUGGCAAGGACAACAGCCAUAACAAUAGCAGCGACGCAGCUGCAGCGGCAGCCAAGCUUCAGACUCGGAGCAAAAGCGAGCCGGCGUCACCGUCGUCGUCAUUCUGCUUCUCCUCCGAUGUACUGCAAAUUUGUCUUGUCGUCGGGUUGGCUCUCGUACUCCGCUGGUGCGUCUCCUGCCAUCCAUACAGCGGCUUUGGCAAGCCUCCCAUGUAUGGUGAUUAUGAGGCCCAGCGCCAUUGGCAGGAGGUAACCGUCAAUUUGCCCCAUACCCAGUGGUAUUCAAACUCGUCCGAUAAUAAUUUGCAGUACUGGGGCUUGGAUUAUCCACCUCUUACCGCUUAUCACAGCUAUCUUCUCGGCAGGGUAGCUCAAGUCGUUGAUCCCGAGUCGGUUAAGCUGCACCAAUCGAGAGGUUACGAGUCGGUUGUGCACAAGUACUUUAUGAGACUGUCGGUUCUAGUCGCCGAUCUGGCUGUAUUCAUUCCAGCUGUGAUUUACUUUAAGAACGAUAGUAAAGAGUCUUUUAUGUUUAAGAAGCGUCACUUUACUUUGGCCACAAUACUUUUGUACCCUGGCUUGAUUCUUAUAGAUUAUGGACAUUUCCAGUACAAUUGCGUUUCACUUGGCUUUUUUAUUGCCGCUGCAUCUGCACUCUUUCAAAACUCACCCAUCAUUGGAUCUAUCUUUUUCAUGCUUGCACUAAGUUACAAGCAAAUGGAGCUCUAUCACGCUCUUCCGUGUUUCUUUUACAUUCUUGGUAUCAACACUCCUGGAAAGAGAAAGACAUUGCUUCCUUGUCUACGUACAUUAAUUUGCACUUCUAUGUCUGUUAUCAUGACAUUUUUUGUAACUUGGGCUCCAUUCUUAAGAGACAAAAAAGUUUUUAUGGAUUUAAUUUUGAGACUUUUUCCAUUGGCAAGAGGUAUUUUUGAGGACAAAGUAGCUAAUAUUUGGUGUGCAGUCAAUGUUUUUUAUAAAUUGAAAAAUUAUUUCACCAACUAUCAAUUGGCUCAAAUAUGUCUUGUAUCUACAACUGUUUCAUUGUUACCAAGUAGCCUUGAUUUAUUCUUCAGACCCUCAAGAGAAAAAUUUUUGCUAGCCCUCAUAAAUUCGUCUCUUUCUUUUUUUCUCUUUUCCUUUCAAGUUCAUGAAAAAUCUAUUUUAUUAGUUGCAAUACCCGUUCUUUUACAAUUCUACAAAGAUCCAUUACCUUGCUUUUGGUUUCUUGUGAUUUCCGUAUUCAGUAUGCUGCCUUUAUUGAUCAAAGAUGGACUAUACUCUGCAUACAUUGCUACACUUAUAUUUUUUAUUGUCCUAGUCUCUUGGAUGUGGUUUGAACCAAAAAUAAGCACGAUCCUGAAACCUAAGGAAGAAAAACUUGAAGAAACUGUGAAACAAGGUUCGAAAAAAGUAAAAGUGAAGAAAAGUGUCAGUGUGUGGACCACUAGUGAUAUUUAUGUUGAUAUUUUGUUCACUCUAUCGCUUAUAGGUGUACUUAUUUUAUCUUUAUGCAGUGGGUUUAUAAAACCACCUAAAAGAUAUCCAGACUUAUACCCGCUACUUGUAUCUGUAUAUUCGUGCGGACAUUUUGUAUUGUUCUUAAUUUAUUUUAAUUACAAACAAUUUUGCGCUGUGACUGUUCCAGCACGAAAAUUCAAAGUCAAGUAACUUAAUUAGUAUUUAAAUGUACUGAACACGUUUCAUUAAAACGCAACAAUACAUAACAUAAAUAAAACUGCUGUGGUAAUAA